UUGUUUGAUCACAUCGCUCAAUGCAUUGCGCUUUUCACAGAGGAGCAAUUUCGUGGAGAAAAGAAGAAAUUACCAUUGGGCUUUACCUUCUCUUUCCCUUGUAAAAUUGAAGAACUAACAAAAGGUAUAUUGAUACACUGGUCAAAAGGCUUCAAGGCAAGCGGAGUAGAAGGAAAAGAUGUUGUUAAAUUACUCAAAAAAGCGUGCAGAAAACGAUCGAAAGAUUUUCCCACGGAACAAAAAGGAGCGAUUAAGGAUGUUAGCAUAGAUGUAACCGCAAUAUUGAAUGACACAGUUGGAACUCUGAUGGCAUGUGCUUUCAAAGAAAAUACUUGUCAAGUACACAUGGGUGUCAUCUUCGGCACAGGAACGAAUGCGUGUUAUAUGGAAAAGCUAACAAAAAUUGAAAAAUUAAAGGGUAAAUGGGAAACAGAUGGGCUCCCCGAUGAGAUGAUAAUCAAUAUGGAAUGGGGCGCUUUUGGUGAUGAUGGCUGUCUUGGAUUUAUAUAUACAGAUUAUGAUAGAGAAGUUGACGAGAAGAGUAUCAAUCCAAAAGUGCACAUCUUCGAAAAGAUGAUCUCUGGUAUGUAUAUGGGAGAAAUUGUACGUAUUGUCCUGGAGGCGCUGGCAAGGAAGGGUGUGCUCUUCAAAGGAGAUUAUCUUUCAAUUUCAAAAAAGGACUGCUUCAUAACGAAAUAUGUUUCCGACAUUGAAAAGUAAGU